AUGUCUCAUUUCUACACUGAACAGACUGUCACUCUCACAUGUGACGUACAGGGGACAGAAGAGACAGACUGGACAUACAGAUUUCACUGUGAUGGUGUUUAUAGUGUUUAUCAAGACUCUUAUGAGAAAGAGUUCAAGUUUACUGCAAGUUACAGCAGAAGAUGCGUUUGUUCCGCUAGAAGAAUAUCUACACAAAUCUUCACUUCCUGGAGUAAUGAAGUGUCAUUUCGUGUCAUCGAUAAACCUGUUCUGACUGUAAAUCCUGAAACAUCACCGAUAUUCAGAGGAGAGACUGUCACUCUCACAUGUGACGUACAGGGGACAGAAGAGACAGACUGGACAUACAGAUUUCAGUGUGAUGGUUAUGAUGUUCAAGACUCUAAUGAGAAAGAGUUCAAGUUUACUGCAAGUUACAGCAGAUACAGCGGAUACAGUAAAUGCAGGUGUUACGCUACAAGAACAUCUACACAAAUCGACACUGACUGGAGUAAUGAAGUGUCAUUUACUGUCAUCGAGAGACCAAAACCUGAAGUGCGUGUAAAUCCAGAUCAUCAUGUGUUCAGAGGAGAGACAGUCACUCUCACAUGUGACAUACAGACACAAACACACACUGAGUGGAGAUACAGCUGGAUUAAAGAUGAUUCAGUCAAUCCAGUCAACUCUGAAUCCAGUGAUGCUGCAGGAACUAAAACAAUCAGAUCAGUGAAAGUCUCUGAUGGAGGACAGUACAGAUGCAGAGCACAAAGAGGAAACUACGACACACAGUUCAGUAACACAGUUCAAGUAACAGUUGAAGACUCAAAGCUCAAUCCUGAACUCACAUCAGAUACUGCAGGAGCUGCACUGACAGGAAACACGGUGACUCUGAUCUGUCACAUGACUCAGACCGCUGGAUGGGACUUUUACUGGUACAAACACACACAGAACUCUGAGAAAAACAAGACAGAAACAAACUCCUACAGAGUCCAUAUUGAUUCAGUGUCUGAUGGAGGUCAGUACUGGUGUAGAGCUGGAAGAGGAGAACCAGUUUACUACACAAACUACAGUGAUGCAUUGUGGGUCAGUGUCACAGUGUCAGCAGAUCAGAUUUGUGUCUUACACACUCUCAGUUCUCUUCUGGCAGUUUGUCCAUAUCUGAUGGCGACAGUCGUGCUGGUGUUCAAAUGCUACAGAGCUGAGAGUUUCAUCUGUUGA